CGGCCACUCAGUUCUGCAGCAGGCCCUUACCUGUUCCUCGGUCCACCGCUGCACAGUCUUCCCCCGCCGGCUUCUUUAGCAUGACAGCAGUGUCUGGUCAUCUCCUGUACUGUCCGCAGUCUCUGGUCAUCUCUUGUACUGUCCGCAGUCUCUGGUCAUCUCUUGUACUGUCCGCAGUCUUUGGUCAUCUCCUGUACUAUGUCCGCAGUCUCUGGUCAUCCCCUGUACUGUCCGCAGUCUCUGGUCAUCUCCUGUACUGUGUCCGCAGUCUCUGGUCAUCUCCUGUACUGUGUCCGCAUUUGUUCAUAGUUUACGGUAAUUAGGAAACAGGAGGUAUGGGGAAUGAUAAGCAAAAAUGGUGUUUUGUGUUUUAUGAU